GAGAUUGGAGAAAUCAGCCACAAUUCUUCCAGUUUUGCUUCGAUUUUAGUUCCCGAAAUUGAAGUCAUCAGCUAGAAGUUUGUUCGAGCUCUGGGAAUUUGGAUCCACAUUUUGAAGGAUUUGGAAGGAUUUUGAGGGAUCGAGGAGGUAGCUGUGGGAUGGGGGUGGAUUACUACAAUGUGUUGAAGGUGAACAGAAAUGCGAAUGAAGAGGAUCUGAAGAGGUCCUACAAGAGGUUGGCUAUGAAAUGGCAUCCUGAUAAGAAUCCUUUGAACAAGAAAGAGGCGGAGUCUAAGUUCAAGCAGAUCUCUGAAGCUUAUGAUGUUUUGAGCGACGCUAAGAAGCGUCAGAUCUACGAUCUUUACGGCGAGGAGGCUCUCAAAUCUACUGAUUUUGUUCCUCCGGCUAAUUCCAAUCCUUCUUUUUCCUAUGUCCCUCGAGAUGCAGAUGACAUUUUCGCCGAGUUGUUCGGCGGGGCUGGGAGUGCUAAGAGCCGAGGGUUUAGGGGAGAGAGUGUGUUUAGGAAUGGUAAGGCGGAAGCUGGGAAGCAAACGAAUAAGAAAGCAUCGCCAAUUGAGAGCAAGUUAAUGUGUAGCUUGGAAGAGCUUUACAAAGGUUCUAGGAGGAAGAUGAAGAUUUCUCGCAUUGUCCCUGAUGAAUUUGGGAAGCCGAAAACUGUUGAUGAAGUGUUAAAAAUCGAUAUCAAGCCUGGUUGGAAGAAGGGGACAAAAAUCACUUUCCCUGAGAAAGGCAAUCAAGAACCUGGGGUCGCCCCUGCUGAUCUUAUAUUUAUCAUCGAUGAGAAACCGCAUCCUGUGUUUGAAAGGGAUGGCAAUGAUUUGGUAGUGAAUCAGAAACUAUCUCUACUAGAAGCACUAACCGGAAACACAUUGAACUUUACAACUUUGGAUGGAAGAAAUCUCACGACUGUUACUGAUAUUGUCAAACCGGGUUACGAGGUAGUGAUCCAGAAUGAAGGAAUGCCCAUCUCUAAAGAACCAAACAAGAAGGGGAACCUUAGAAUCAAGUUUGAUAUAGUUUUCCCAUCAAAGCUUACUUUUGAUCAGAAAUCCGAUCUAAGAAGGGCUUUGGGUGGUUCUGAUUAAGAAGCCGAGUCCAGGAGCGGUCACAACAACGAACCUUCUACACAGGGGAUCGAUAAUACAAGCUCAAAAACAUGUAAAUACUCGUCCUACACUCCAGAAAGAAACAUUGUGCAUAUUAGAACCUUGGAGAACUGCUUGAUUAAUUCCUGGAAAUAUGAUUUAGGGAUUAAAAUCUAGCAUUCUUCAUCCACUGCCCUUGUAGCCAAAAGUUAAUUUUGACUUGAUUAUAAUAAUGUUGCAUCAUGUGAUCAUACAUAUUUUUACAUGGAAGUCUGUGUAAGAUUAUUUGUAUUUUAUUAGCUUGGAAUUUCGUGUAUACUGUGCAUCAUCUGGUGUUGAAUAAUUUAUGCAGUGUCCUUUUUGUCA